CCCAAAGACAAAGUCUGGAGCUGUUACUCAAAGGAUUGGAAGCCAUUUAAUUCCCACUGCAACUUCCCUAACAUUGACACUGCAUCUUGGAGAGAGAGUGAGAAGAAGUGCUCCAGCAUGGGUGCUCAUCUGAUGGUGAUCCACAGCCAGGAAGAGCAGGAUUUCAUCACCAAGAUCCUGGAUCCUAAAGCUGCUUAUUAUAUUGGGCUUUCAGAUUCAGGUCACCGACAGUGGCGAUGGGUUGAUCAGACACCAUACAAUGAAAGUGCCACGUUCUGGCACUCAGGUGACCGCAACAGUGAAGAUGAACAAUGUGUUAUAACAAAUCAUCCAUAUUCUAGUUGGGACUGGAAUGCUAUCCAUUGCAAUGAUAAACAGAAGUCAGUUUGGCAGAUGAAGAAAAUAUACUUAUGA